AUGCGAAACACGCGGGACACGACUUUUGACUAACCUAAUAUGCGACGUAGCAAUCCGAGCGUACGAUGCGAAGGAAAGGAGAAGUGUGAUUAAAAAUUAUAGGAUGAUUAAGUGAAUACGUUGCGAUAUUUCUUGAUUUUGUCUAUUACAGAAAAUAGGAAGAAGGGUUAGAAGAACAGUUGGUGGUUAGAUAAGCACGCAUCCUCUUUGCGCAUGCAAGUAGCGGCGAGCAAUCAAAACAACAAUGGCGACGCUCCUUCGAUGUUUAUGAUUGUCUCGCGCGGAGAAAACAAAGUUUUUUUGAACAAAUCGUUGUCAUCGUACGAGAUAAAAAUUGACCGGAAUGCAAAUCGCUGGAUUCCUCGAUAUCGAAGGUAAAUUCGAGGCGAGCAAAAAGGACCAUUCCGAUCGUCGAUACGGGAUCCCGGUAAGAAAGCUGGACGGCGUCGAAAAACAAUUUUGUGGGUACAAAGUUAUUCGUUGCAAUUAAGCGGCACAACCAAUCGCCGACCCGAUUCCAUUCCGCGGCCACGAUUACGGUUCAAACGGGCCGGCAGGAUCGACAUUUUAAAAGCGUCGGGACGAUGUUACCUUCGUUGUUAAAUUUCUGGAUGCGCCAUUGGAGUGACGUUUGGUCCGUUUUGGAAGCGAGUACCGUACACUUUCGAGUAGCGAUGGAAGCGACACCGAUUCGAUGCUACCGAUACCAGUCCAUGAAUCAAUUUAUUACUCCAAACUCUACAAAGGCAAACAUUUCACGACUCUCCCAGAUUUUUCAACGAAGAAUCCCCGUUGUAAGAAAAAAGGAAAGGUGAACGAUACCGAUUCUGUAUUGAAAUCGUCAAAGCACCACAGCAUUGACUUUUGGACCGUAAUGGGACACCCUAUGUAUACCUCACGGGAGUCGUAUGUACCAUCGGUUAUCCACACCUGUUUGUAGAAAGUCCCCGACGAUCCAUACUUCUGGAAAGAUCAAUCGCUUCGCAUCGAGUCGCUGGUCUACGCGAGGCGCGAAAAAUGUUUGCGGCGCGACCGACGCGAGCGGCAGAGUGUAAAAUCGUGCAUGUCCCGUAUACGCAGCGGCACCUAACAGGGCAGUAUUUGUAACAGAUUGGGAAACGCAGUAAGAAGGGUCCGCCAGCGGAACACCUGUGGCUGAAUAAUCGACGUCGAUAAAAUUAAAUUUGAAUCUCCAUAGGUGCUUCAAAUCGAUUGCGAGUCGAGAGCAUUUUUCAAUCGGCGGAAUAGAGUAAUAAUAGCUUGGAGCGCGGGAUCGUUUCUUCGUUCUAAAUUACAGUGGAGGAAGAAUGAGGAAAAGAGAGGGAGCAGCAGAAAAACCGAAGAGCCCGUAAGAGAUAACAAUGGGCCAUUUGUUGGAUGGGCCCAUCCCUCGACACGCUGGCCACAAUGGACACUAUUAUCAACUAUUCAUUGAGAGCUCCGUUAAACCUGUUGCUCGAUGGAAACAGAACAGCCCCCGUAAUCCCUUAGGAGUCCCAACGGUGUGACCUUUAAAAAUAAAGAUAUCGCCUGCGAGCAUUCACGACUCGGCGUGCAGUGAAAUCCACGAUUUAGCGGACUAAUUGGCAGCAGGGUCUGUUCGUUAAGCUCCGAUAUCUGUGAAAUAGUGUCUAUGCGAGAUCUAAAGUCUGUUAACGUCCUAUGUCUAUCUACGAUGUUCCAGUUUUGUAAUGUAUUAUUAGAAGAGAAAGGGGAAGCGCGAUAGCCCUGCGCCCUUCACUUCUCCGUCUAGGUGCGCUACUGCUCCCAGUCAUGUAGGUCCGCGAACGUGUGUACUUCGUUUGUCCGAGUCGACUGAGGUUCCACACGCCUUCUUCCGAGUAGCCGAACUACUUAAGACGAGUCUGGGACACCGAUAAGUCAAUGACAGAGCUCGAUGUCAAGCCCCCGAGCAAAGUCCAAACUGCAACCGUGUAUUCUCCUUGCCGAAUGCAAAGACAGACUGCGGAGUCUCGAACGUCAGUGGGGAGAGGGGAAGGCGACGAAGUGAUGGUGGAGGAGUAGCCGGAGGAGAAGGAGAAGGGUAGGGGGAGGGGAAUAGAAGACGAAGUACGAAAGAGAAUGAAAGAAGAAACAAGGAGGAGGACCCCGGGCCCAAAGACGUUUAAAAACUGGUUCCUUCCACCGAUCUUUCUUUUCACCUUAUUUGCUAAUCCGAAUUCUGAUUUCCAUAUAUCCGCGUAUACGAUAUUCGAAGUCCCGAAGGUAGAUCGGUAUCGGCCGCGCCGUGCUGUAAAAUAUGUCGACGGGGCCCGUCUCCGAUAUGCCAGAAGAUAAAUCUGCCAGAUGUUUAUCAAGAACGAAGCGUGUCUUUAAUAAAAUCAUCCGCGGGUAACUCGCGAAUGUACCGAAGAAUUUCGAGACACGGGGAAUCGAUGACACACCAAGAGGAGGAAGUGCUGUUCCAUCGCACCCCCUCGUUCGCUACAAGUGUGCCACUGCGAGGAAUUAUCCCACGGGCGAUUACAUCCGGAUCGAUUUCACUUCGCCGACACAGAGGAUGUAAAAGUGAAAGUCACUAAAAGGGCGAUCGAUCGUCACUCGUGGGAGAGUAGGACGGAAGGAGAUAUCGACACUCGGAAUCGUUGUGCACGCACCCUUAUCCCCAGAACGUAUCGGGACCCCUUAAGAAGAUAGAGAUCUCGUUCGCGGUCUCACGGGCAAGAACACGGGCUGCUGGAUGCUGGUGCAGCAGCAGCAGCAAGCAGCAGGCCUUUUCUCAUUGAGUCUGGCAGUCAGUCAGUCAGUUUGCCGCAGCGACGCGGCCCGUACGCACGUGUGUAUGCGCGUCUUGUUGACCGUACGUCGCGCGACCCCGUGGGGCUGGCUGCAUUAUCGACGGAGCGUGGACUGUACGCGACCACGAGUGAGCGGAGCAUCGGCAAUUGGUCGUCGGUCAACCGGUCGUUGGUUCGAUCGCGAGUUGAUCCCCACUGAACCACCGGCGGCCGCAUCUCGGGUCUCUCUGCCCGGUUGUGUCAGCUCGUUAGAUUGCGUGCGUGAGAACGUGCCCGUUCGUCUCGAGCUUCUCGCCGUGAAAUCCCGAAUUUCACGCGUCGAAUCGCGGCGUGUUCCUCGAUCUCCUCUCUUCUGCACGUCCGCUCCCGUACGCUCACAGCGACGAAAGAGGAGGCACCCACACAGAGAGACACACGCACACGCGUAUACGUCGGGCCGACAAGCCGCAAGCAGGAUUUCGCGCGCGCGAGCGUGAGAGGGAGAGAGAGUGAGAGAGAGAGAGAGAAAGAUUUACGUAGGCCACAAGGGGGACUAGUCAUAAACCGUGCAACACCUGGCGGCACGUCGUUAAUUAUGCAGUGGGCCGCAGCCGCCCUGGCCUCGGCGGCGAUCGCUCUGCUCCUGGACACGGCGGCCGCGAGGCAUCACCAUCGCUCCGGCAAUGGGCACAAACCAACCGGUGACAUCUCCCUCUGGAUCGACCAGCAACAGAUUAAAAUGUUCAGCGGAGUCGAAAUGGAAAUAUUCGCGAUUACCGAAGGCAGGGUGUUGUCUUAUCUGCUGGAUCCCGAAUUCGAGAGCAAACUGCCGAUCAUCCCGAGUGAGGUCACAUACGUAAAUUUUACAUGGAAAUCAGGUGUCAAGAAGUACUACUAUAAUUUUUAUCGACUGAAAUCGUUCGACGAGUCGAUCCUUAAAACUCCGUCUAUCACGAUCAAAACGCAAGGAAGAGUGCCCAAGAGACCGAAAGAAUUCAGCGUCUUAUUGCCCUGUUCUGGUAACAACUCCGGUAUAGCGCAAUUGGGCAUCGGUCUGAUGAUCGAGACACGCAAGGGGAAACCUUUAAACGGGACACCCCUUCGUCUUAACCUGAGAAAAGAAUGCACCGUGCGCGAGCCGAAUCCUGGACCUUGUCCAGAUGGAUAUUUAGGACCACCAAAAUGCAAAAAAGCUCUGUGUUAUCCAAAUUGUAUGAACGGUGGCAAUUGUACAGCCCCUGGUAUCUGUUCCUGUCCACCGGGAUUUCAAGGGCCAUACUGCGAAGGAGGGAUUUGCGCAGAGAAAUGUUUAAAUGGUGGCAAAUGUGUACAGAAAGAUACCUGUGAAUGUCCAAAAGGUUACUUUGGACUACGCUGUGAAUUCUCAAAAUGUGUAAUACCCUGUUUGAAUGGGGGAAAGUGCAAAGGCAACAAUGUAUGCAGAUGCCCUGCUGGUUUCAAGGGUGAUCAUUGCGAAAUUGGUAGACGAUCGCCGCAACGUUCGGCUUGCACGAGAGUAUGCAGGAACGGUACUUGUCAACCCGAUAAUACGUGUCUUUGCGAGCCUGGUUGGUUUGGAAAAUUGUGCAACAAAAAUAAGCCAUGGGCUUGAAAGUAGGAGGAUAUUUUUCACUGUGGUAUUCGGACUAUAAUCAAUUGGAUUAAUGCGAUAAAAGUUUUUAUCUCCAUUUAGAAGCUCGAGACUUUUCUGCAGACCUCGCAAUUAAUUUAAAAAAUUCCAGUUCAGCGACUGAAAUAUUAUUCCCACGAAGAGAAGCAUUUUAAAAUCCAAUUGGUUAGUACCACUCGAAACUAACGUGUAUAGUUAGUAAUUUACCCUACCCCAGAUGUGAUAUGUAAAGCUGCUUUACAACAUUUUAUACUAUUAAAUAUUAUUUUUAAUAAUAUACUUUUAUAUUGUUAGAUUUAUUGUAAUGAUUGUAAAAAAAAAUAAAAUGUAUUUUCUCCCUUAAAAUUAUAGUACUAAAAAUACAGUGGCGCAUUGUGACUUUGUGGAACUCAAGGUGAAGAUGGAAGAUGAAGGCAUCAUCUUUAUGUUCGAUCUCGUUUUAUUAUGGCAAAAAAACAAAAAAAAAACACAAGUUACAAAAGAGAAAUAUGUAGCCCGGAGUAAUUGAAAAUCCAGUAAGUAGUCUAAUUUCUUGGACUUUGAGUUUCUUGAACUAAGAAGUUGUGUAUUAGUUUUUAGAACUUUGCGUAUAAGAUAAUGAGCCUGUAUUGCAAUUUGAUGCAACGAUUACGACGUCAUUGCCGAUCACUUUUGCGUUUAUUAGGAAAAAGUGUCAAAUUUUUGUAAGAUUUCAUAAAACAGAGGGAUAUGAUAAAAGGUACGACACUAAAUGAUACGGAUCAAUGAAAUAUUC